UAAGGUACGUAUAGCAAGGUUGAAAAUCCUAAAUCCUUUUAGACCCAGAAUACUUGCCGGACACGUUUAAGAGAUUCGAUUCAAGGGCUUCUAAAGAUCCUAAUUUGAAUAGUAAAGGGACUAAAGGACACGCGAUUCUGAUAAAUUUGAAGAAUUUAUCAGAAUCGGUAAUGGAAAAUUGCAGCUUAUUGGUUCAGAUGUGCAUCGAAGCGGCCAGUGAGAACCAUGAUGUCAUCGAGGUAUGGAGGAGACAGCGGCGCACUCUGGAGCGCUUGCCUUCUCACCUUGCCAACCUUCUCCUCCACCGCCUGCUCCGCCGUCGUCUCCUCUUCCCUUCUUUACUCGAAGUUUUUAAGUAUUGUGUGGAUGAAGUAAACUUAAAAGGAGAGAGCAUGGUGGAUGCAGAAUGGAUGGCAUAUUUAGGUGGCUUCCACUACUUGCAGACAUUGAAUUUGUCCAAUUGCCGUAAAAUCAGUAGUUCCUCUAUAUGGCCUUUAACAGGCAUUUCAAACUUGAAGGAACUGGACCUCUCUAAUUGCUUAAAGAUUACAGAUGCUGGAAUUAAGCAUCUUCUAUGCAUUCCAAUGUUGGAGAAGUUGUGGAUUGCAGAAACAAGUAUAACUGCAGAGGGAGUUGUACUUCUCAGUUCACUAACAAAUUUAUCGGUUUUGGAUUUGGGCGGACUACCUGUUACUGAUGCAGCUCUGGGCUCUCUACAGAUAAAUCUGGUACUGAAAACCUCUUAUUGUCCUGAUCUACUAGAGAUACAUAUCCUUCUAUGAUGUGUGAGAUCAAGUUUUGUUAUAAUAUCAGGCCCUUACUAAGCUGCAACAUAUAGUCCUUUGGGGAAGCUCAGUAACUGACAAAGGAGCUUCUAUUCUUAAAACGUUCCGGGAGUUGAGUUUUGUGGAUUUAUCCUGGACGAAAGUUACAAGGUUGCCUUUUCUGCCCUCCCUUGCUUCCCUGAACAUGAGUAAUUGUGUUGUAGAUUCUUUAUUUCAAGAAGGCAAUAAAGUGACACUAGAAAGGCUUAUUCUAUCUGGAGCUACAAUAUCUGAUGCCUCUGAGGUCUUUCAAAAUGUUGAAGCGUCUAUCUUAUCUCUUCUGGAUUUGUCAAACUCGUUCAUUCAUUCCUUCGUUUUUUUGACGUGUAUGAGUGCCAUAACAGAAUUAGAUCUCAGUGGUUGUUGCAUUGGAGACGAUUCAGCUGAAUACAUCACAUGCGUUGGCUCAAGUUUACGCCAUUUAAAUCUCAGCAAGACAAAAGUAAGCUCAGCUGGCGUGGCUGCCUUAGCUGGACAUGUUCCUCAUCUCGAAACUUUACAGCUGUCUUUCACUGCCAUUGAUGACAAUGCCAUCUCAUAUAUCAGCACAAUGCAUUUACUGAAGUUUAUCAGUCUAUGUGGUACAAAUGUCAAAGGUCUGAUUGACCAUGUGCAAUCUGGUGAAGGAUGGAACUUAUCGCUGUCAGCAUUACACAGUCUAAAUCACUUGGAAAGGUUGAAUUUGGAGGAGACUCGAAUCAAGGAUGAGGCACUAGCUCCUCUGUCAAGUAUCUGUAAACUGAGACACUUAUCUCUGCAAAGGGGACCCCUAACGGAUGCCUGCCUGUACCAUUUAUCAAAGAUUGAAAAUUUGAUAAACCUUGCGGUUUGUGAUGUAGUUCUGACCAAUGCGGGGCUCUAUUCCUUCAGCCCCCCAUCAGGCCUAGAGGUACUUGAUCUCAGUGGGUGUUGGCUCAUAACAGAGGAUGCUAUCUUGUUGUUUUGUCAAAAGCAUCCUUCCAUUGAAAUAAGGCAUGAGCAUGCCCGCCGCAUUCUUCCCUCAGAGUACAAACUCAAGAAGGAUAAACGACGACCCUGGCCAGUGCUUAAGUUAAAAAAUGAGAGUUUCAUCGAUCAGAGGCUGAAAUACAGCAGGGAAGAAUUACUAGCCAUGAGAUUUGCGUCUUCAGCAUCUUUGUCAUCUAAUGCUCUGGCUGACAUAAGUCCUGCCCUAGUUGAUAGCACCUAGGGGCGUUCAUUCGGUUAAACCGAACCGAUAUUUCAUGAAAAUUCAUUUUUUUGUACUGAACGCCGGAGCAAUAUAGAUCAGUUUGGUUCGGCAAUUACAGAAGUUCAGCAGUUUGUUUUUUGUGUAUUGUAUACAACCCCUACCCGAUAUGCACAAUGACGAUCUCUGAUAUCCAAGCUUACG